AUGUGGAAUGUUGCUUUUUUCAUUUUGCUCAUUGUGAAGGUGGACGUCAUCACCGCUGGCGCAGAGACUGAGAUUAUUUGUGAGGACCAACAUGGAGUAAUAGACUGUGGAGAAAAUCUUAUCAGUAUCUCAUCCUCUGUCUAUGGGCGAACUGAUGCAUCAACUUGUGGCUUGAGUUACACAACUGAUUGUGUCUUGGAUGUGGUCCCUGAAUUGGUUUUCUGCAAUGGUCAGUCACAAUGCACAGUGGAAGCUGAAAAUGAUCUUUUCGGAGAUCCAUGCUCAGGAACUCAGAAGUAUCUAAAUAUCACCUACACAUGUGAAGAUUCUCUCUGUGAAACUGACUGGGUUUAUAAUGACGGAAACUGUUAUCUUUUCGAUGAAACUCAGAGAUCUUGGGAGUCAGCAAGAGAAUAUUGUUCUGGAUUUGGUGCUGACUUAGCAAGCAUACAUAGUGAAGAGGAGAAUACAUUUAUAUUUGGAUCCAUUGAAAGUCAUUCAUGGAUAGGAAUAACUGAUAUGGAAAGUGAAGGAGUGUAUACCACUUUUUCAGAUGGAACCCCCAUUGACUUUGAAAAUUUUGCUGCUAACAGCCAUCAAGAUGAAAGUCGUGAUUGUGUUAAAAUGAAAAGUCCACAUGGAGAAUGGACUUGGAAGGGGUGCUUGAGUUCACAACAUUCUGUAUGCAAAAAAGCCCUUGCUGUAACCAGUAUUGUUCAUCCUGUGACAAGACCACAUGCCACAGUACUUCCCACCUCUACCUCUGCUACCACUACUGACCAUGAAACUUCUUCUAUUCAUGCAACGACUACAACGGCAAGCACUACCGGAAAAGCUACAACCCCAUCAGUGACAACAUUCCAUGGCCCAGAGUUGCCUGCAACAACCCAACCUUCUACAACAGUUUCUGCUUCUUCAGAGUCAGCUCAUGUGGUGCCGGGUUUAAAGUUUUCAAGCAUUACACCGACUAUUGAACCUAGUUUCAUUAUCAUGGAGCUGAUUAUGUAUUCCAACUAUGAAUCCAGCCUUGAUAACAUCUUCCAGGUCAACGACACUAUCCUUGUUAUUGCAGCUAUCUUUGGCCCCUUUCAACCGUUUUCAUCUCAGAUCAUUUGGUCUAUCACAGACCAUCUAUCAGGUGAAUCAAUUGAACAUACAGUCUUCUCUGAAGAUACAGUGCUCGUCAGAUUCCCAGUAUCUUCACUUUUUGCCAUUAAUGCAAUUGCUGUCGGGACCACCCUCAAUCUCACAUCUACUGUGAAUGCAACAGUACUUCCCACAAUAAACAUUCUCUGCCCUGCUCAUAUCUACGCUGGCAGAGAAGUUUGGUGUGCUCUUCUGACAGAUGACAUUGUUGAGUUUUCCAAUUAUACCUUCUGUUUCAAUGGUAGUGCUUGCUCGACUGCAAACCCAACUUAUUGGUCUUUAGCUGACAUCCCCGAUCCCUUGAUAGACAGCACUUCUUCUAUGGAGGGACUUUUUGCCAGCUUUCAAAAUCAUCUGUAUUCAGAAGUUGGAUCUUAUACGGUAACAGCGGAGAUAUUUCAAAUUUUGGCCUUUUCAGUUCAAGUAAAUGUGACUGAGAAACCUGAGUGUAUAAGGAAACUUGGAUUUGUGAAUGGGAAUGGCAACAGCACACAUCCUGCUGGAUUCCUCAGAGCAUCUGACAUUGGCAUCUCAGCCAACAUGGAACUUGAUGAAAAAUGCAAUGACCCUAUGACCUCUGACUUCAAGUGGUGGAUAUUCACAUCUGACGAAAAUGAUGUUGCAGUGAUUGCCUUCGAAAAGAUCACACAUAUUCCUCAAGUGACAAUUCCACAAGGAACACUCCCCUAUGGUAUUCAUAGCUUGCAUCUCAAAGUUGAGAUGAAUCAUAGAACAUCAGGAGAGGUCACUGGUGAAGAAAAGAUCAUCACCUGGCUUGAAAUCCUGCCAUCUCCAUUGGUAGCAGUAAUCAAAGGUGGAGCUUCUCGAUCUCACGGUGUAUCUUCCAGUUUGAUAGUAGAUGGAUCAACUUCAUAUGACCCUGAUGUCACCGAUGGGUCAUCCAGUGACCUGAUCUUUGUGUGGUACUGUGUAAUGGUUGAUGGUGAAACCAUGUACUUGUCUAUUGAUGAAGCAAUGCAAAAUACAGAUGAUGCCUGUUUUGAGGAUGAAGAAAUCUUGGAAAACUCACCUUCUUCCAAGGUUGAAAUAAUGUCCAGCAAACUGAAAGCUAAUGUAACUCUGAAUUUUUGGCUCAUUGUUUCCAAGGAAGGAAGAGUGUCCGGUUCAACUCAACAAAGAAUCCUGUUGACCCAGGGGCUUUUGCCAGAAAUAGAAAUUGAUUGCAUCAGUAAUUGCAACACCUACUUACUAACAGCUGAGCGUCUUGUCCUGCAUGCCUCAUGCAGCAACUGUGACAGUGGAGAUGUGUCUUUUCAAUGGACUCUUCAGUCAGAUGAUAGCUCAGUUAUAAGUGAUUUAUCUACCCAGACUACCACAGGCCUUGACCAACCCUACCUGGUUAUCAAACCUCAUACAUUUGAUUCCUUUUCUGAAAGCACUGGCAUUGCUUUACGAGUUACAGGUGACCUGUCCAAUUUCACUUCAGGCGGCUAUUCUGAAUUAAGUGUCCAACUCAAUGCUCCACCCACAUUAGGCAACUGUUCUGUUACACCCACAGAAGGUUAUGCCUUACAAACUGACUUCACUGUGACAUGUCAAGGAUUUACUGAUGUGGAUAACCCCCUAACUUAUGAGAUUAUGUUGUACAGUGGUGUGAAUGUUGUGGAUGGAGACUUCAUUGGUAUUGGAGAAGGUUUUCAACUAUAUGAAGGCAGUGAGUCAUCACAGGAUGGUUUCAAUCUACCAGUUGGAGAUGGUGCACAUGAUUAUACUAUCCUGUUUCAGGUUAAUGUGAAAGACAACUUCAUGGCUAGUACAUCAGUGUUCUUUACAUGUAUGGUCCGCCCUCCAGCCAUAGACACUGGAGGGGCAAACAUGACUCAAGAAUUGCUGAACAUGACAUCGUCUGUUGAAUCCAGUGUGAAUACGUUAUUAGCAGUGGGAGAUACAGGACAUGCUACGCAAUUGAUCAGUGCCCUUGGCUCAAUCCUGAAUUCGAUUGGAGAUGGGGAUGAUGAUGCUGCUGCUGAUGAUGAAGGGAGGGAUACCAGAUCAGAGAUCCGCUCUACUCUUGUUGACUCUAUUGCUGCUAUACCAGUAGAGACCAUGACAUCCCUGAAACAAAGUUCUGCUGCCCUUGCUGUCAUUACUCAAAACAAGCAAGAAAUUUCUACUGACAUACAGGUAAAAGCUGCAAAUGCACUGUCUGAAAUGACAUCCUUUCUGAAAGCUGAAUCUGGGUCUCAUACUCAAGGUCAAAGUACUAUAGAGUCUGCUGGUACCGUUCUAGUUGAAGGGUUGUCAAAUAUCUUCAGUGCUGCCAAGGAAACUCAAAGUCAUAUUUCAAACAACACUUCUCCGGGUGGAGCUGAAGAUGAGGCAACACCCAAUAAGAACCUGACUGAAGUUGCCCUAUCAGCAAUCAAUGACAUCCAAGAUGCAAUAGUUGCAGGCAAGAUUCCCAGUGAAGAAGCUACCAUCAUAACAUCUCCUACGCUGAGCUUAGCAGUGGGGAGUAUCAGCAAGGACAAACUGGCUGAGACAACCUUUGGAGGUUCAGAUGAUGAUGAUGGUGAUGGUAUUGGUAGAUUUGAAAUGCCAUCACAAGAAGGUGUUUUGGAUAAUACUCUGAGCAACGUUAAUGGGACCGUGGUUAGCUUGCAGGCGAGUACUCUGAGGUGGAACCCAUUCAGCUGGGGAACUGGUGGUGAUUCCCUGAAUUCUAGUAUUGUUGGAAUACAGUUGAAAGUGGAUAACAAUGCAUUACAAGUCAAAGACUUGUCUGAUGACAUCAGUGUGUACCUACCAGUAGAAGAACCCUUUGUAGGUGACCCAAUGGUUGUCCAUAUCACCAAGGAGUUCUCUGCAUCUUUCUCUGUCAACCAAUCAUCUCUCCCAGAGGACGGGGCCUUACACCUCAGAGUCGUAGCUGAGAAUGAACCCUUAGUAGUCCUUUCAGUCUGCAUUACCAAUAUUACUAUCAAUGAGACCAGCUGUGUUGGUAAUACUACAGUGGUACGUGCCACCAAUGAAGAUAGUGUUGCGAAUUUCAUAUGGAGCAUCUCUGUAGCUGACCUAAAAGUUGCAGAUGGUAUAAAGAUAAGUCUGUAUGAUGGUAUAGAUGAACCUCUCUAUGAACAUGACAACAUCACACUGUCUGUUUUCAUGCAUACAUCACAGUGCACUUUUUGGAAUGAAGAUGAAGAGUCAUGGGACAGCACAGGAUGUAAGGUCGGUCCUCUCUCUAAGCCCUCCUCAACCCACUGUCUCUGCGAUCAUCUGACCUUCUUUGGGUCAUCACUCUUUGUUCCACCAAACAAGAUCAAUAUCUUCCAGGAUGCUAAGUUAUUCCUGACCUUUGUGGAUAAUCCUAUCGUGGUCAGCUUUGUGAUGUGUAUUCUGGCAGGCUUUGUCAUAGUGGCGGUAUGGGCGAGAAGGAAGGAUAAUCGAGAUGCUGCAAGAGCUGCAGUCACUGUGUUGGAAGACAAUGACCCGUUCCAUCAUUACCGUUAUGAUGUCACCAUAGUCACGGGGAUGCGCCGCGGAUCAGGCACAACAGCAACUGUUACGCUAACUUUGAUGGGCAAGAAUGGUCGCAGCGAUCCACAUGUCCUGCAUGACAGGUUCUCACCCGUCCUGACCAGAGGAUCAACAGAUUCGUUCUUGUUGACCACUGCGGAAGGUCUUGGGGAAAUUCAAUCUUUAAGGCUGUGGCAUAACAAUGCUGGUACUAGUCCUCACUGGUAUGUGAGCCAUUGCGUAGUCCAUGAUCUGGAGAGUGACGAGCGCUACUACUUCAUCUGCAACGGUUGGAUGAUGGUUGGAGGUGAAGGGGUUGGUCUUGACAACACCUUCCACAUAGCAUCAUCCAAAGACUUGCACAAGUUUGGACACCUGUUCACUGCCAGGACUGUACGUGAUCUGCGUGAUGGCCAUCUGUGGUUGUCUGUUCUGAUGCGUCCAAAGCACAGUAACUUCACCUGUCUGCAGCGAGCAUUCUGUUGCCUGUCCCUUCUCAUGUGCUCUAUGAUGACAAGCAUCAUGUUCUACGGCAUCCCCGAUGAUCCAGCCGAUCAGGUCAUGGACUUUGGCACUUUUAGAAUCACCAUCAAAGAGAUCAUCAUCGGCAUUGAGAGCUCUCUAAUCGCCUUCCCCAUCAAUCUCCUCAUUGUGCAAAUCUUCAGACACAUCAGGCCAAGUAUCAAACUUCGAAUAGCUGCUAACAAAGAAAAAUACAUGGUAAAACUGAAGCCGGAAAUUGCCCAUUCACUUUCAAGUAUUAACUUGACCAAGAAGGAAGAUUCGGAAAGGGAGUCUGCUGAUGAUAAAUUGACAUUAAAAAGCCUGACAAAAUCCGUCCAACAUGAAGAUAGAGAGGUCUCUUCCCAACAAUCACCAGAAAGGACAUCUCGUCAUUGGGUUGGUGGAGGUGAUAGUUCUUCCACAUCUUCCAAAGAUAACAACCCUGUAAAUGCCUCAUCUGCUUCUUCUACCACUUCUCUGCCAUCAUGCAUUUCUUUGAAUAGUACGCUGUUCCACCAGGAGAUGGAGGACUUUGUUCUUCGAUCUGUCUCUGCAGUCAUGAAAGAAUGGGGAAGUGACAAGAGUUCAAAGCGUGUAGAGGUAUUUGGACACGGAGGGCUAGAGAAAGUCAAUAGAACACGGAGUGAAACUUCUGACGACACAACCACUCAGUCAGUCAAACAAAUACCUAAUUACAUGAAAGAGGGAAUUGAUACUGAAGAAAAUAGCCGUGACUACGAACCUGAUCUGAUGGGAAAGAAAUGUGAUGGUUUCACCCAUAACUUCUACCUGUACUCGCGGUUGAUGGAAAUGGUCAAGGAUCUAUCAGUCAUAUCUCCAGACAGGUUCUAUGACCCUGAGGAACACAAACAAGCUAUGAGGGAAGCCCAGACCAUCGUCAUGACUGCAUUGGAUAUUGAGACACCUCCCAUAUCACCUGAUGAGUCUCUGCUAUCAGAUUCUGUGGUAGAGGGAAAGAUUAAGCUGAAACAGAGAACCAGGGGUCUUCCACAUGCAUGCGUGUACAUUGCAUGGUUGUUGGUGUUUGCAACCGUGCUCGCUUCUUCUUACAUCACGAUGCUUUAUGGCCUCAAAUAUGGCAAACAAACAAGCAUCGAUUGGUUGAUCUCUCUGUUUAUAGCUACCUUUCAGAGCAUCUUCAUCACACAGCCCAUCAAGGUUCUGUUCCUUGCCAUCUUUGUUUCACUUAUCUUCAAGCAGAUUGAACCAGAGGAAGACUUCAGUGAUGACAUUGAGGAACUCCAAGUAGAUGAUGCUACACAGACUCGCAGGGCACUUCAGAAACGAAGGAACACCAUCGCCCAUUACCAUCCCCCAGCUACCUCUACCAUAAACUCCCACCUGAAGAACAAGCAACUGCAGGCUCGCAUGUAUUCCCUGCUGUGGCAGAUUGCUGGUUUCUUAUGUUUCUUCUAUCUGCUCAUCACUAUCACAUACAGUCAGAGAGACAGGCAGGCGUACUGGAUGACCAGGGGUAUGAAGGGACUCUUCUUCUAUCACAAGAAUAAGGACUACGCAUUGAUGAAUGACUUCCGUAGUUUCCUGAAGUGGGCUAACUCAACACUCCUGCCUGGUCUUCUUAGUGAGGAUAGAUGGGGAGCCGAGAAGCAAUCCACCUUGAUUGGUGGGGGUCUGAGACUAAGGCAAAUCAGGGUUAAACCAAGUUCCUGUAAAACUCACCCUUUUUUCGUAGACCUGAUCAAUGACUGCCGAGCCCCUUUUACUUCGGAUUCAGCGGACAGGGAAUUAUACAAUGCAUCUUGGAGUCAGCCCAUGGUUAACACAUCUGCCUUCUUGAACUCAUCCCAGACAGUGGAAGAGUGGAGUCUUUCCAACUACUCUCCCUGGCACUUCUACCCAGACAGAUCUACAGGAAUGUGGGGCCACACGAUGGUCCUUCCAAACAGUGGCUACAUCUGGGUACUGGGCACCGACUACGAAGAGGCUGUGAAUUCCUUGGCAGAUAUGGUGAAAUCCCGGUGGUUGGAUGCCCGCACCAGAGCGCUCUUUGCAGAGUGGACAGCAUACAAUGCAAACACCAAUCUUUUCUGUGUAGUUACAUUCCUCAUGGAGACCCCUGCAUCUGGUGGAAUGCUGAAGCUCCCCGAGGUACAAGCAGUUAGGCUGCAUCGUUACGCUGCAAACUAUAAACUCUUUGUCAUCAUCUGUGAAAUCCUCUUUGUUUUGGCCCUCUUCUUUGUCAUGUAUCGAGAGUACCUCAGGUACAAGCCCAUCGGUAUCAGAAAGUACCUCAGUGACAAAUGGAACUUGUUGGAAAUUGCCAUCAUUGUCAACUGCUAUGUAUCUGCAGGAUUAUACACCUACCGCUACAUUAUCACCAAGCAGCUCUUUCAGCAAAUGAGAGAUGAAUCAGUUCGCUUUGUGAGUUUCCGUUCUGCAGCUAGCAGUGACAAUGCUCUAGGAUAUAGCUUUGCAGUUAUCAUCAUCCUCAGCUGUGUCAAGUUUCUAUAUCUCUUGCGACUCAAUCCUCGCAUGUAUCUUCUCACUGCUGUCAUGUCUGACUGCUACCAUGAAGUCACAGCAUUCAGCUUUCUGCUCUUUGUCCUAGUACUUAGCUUUGCCUUUUCCAUGUCCAUCACCUUUGGUAGCCUUCCUGACUAUCGUGAUAUCACCAAAUCAGCAAUCACUCUCUUCACCACACUUCCAGGUAACUUUGUCUAUGAUGACUUGAUGUCUGUUCAUCGAACGAUUGGUCCGCUUACUCUUCUGAUAUUCCAGUACUGGGGCUGUUAUUUGUUUUUAGAUCUCUUGAUAGCUGCCCUUAAUGAAAGCAUGGUGACCAUCAGGAGAAAUCCUCCUCCACCUUCAGGGAACAGAAUGAUAGGUCUUCUGCUUUUGUCAAAGAUAUUCUCUUUGCUGGGUAUCCCAGAAAGGUUUCACUUAGGACUGGAUUAG